AUGGGCUUAAAUCGGUUGCUCUCGUUAUCCAAAAACAGUGUUUUGCCUGAAAUAAAAAAAGAAAAUUCGAAAAGUUCAAAAGUUGUCAGCAAAAUGAAUACGACACAAACCGGAGGGAAUAAAAAAAGUAAAGUUAAAGACACUUCCUCAGAUAUAGCAAAGCAAAAAAUCGAUGAAAUAUCGACGAGCGGUAGAAGUACGACAACGACAAAAAAAUCAAUGCUUUGGAGCACGUUGCGUAUGACCAACAAGAGCAAAACUAUUCAAACUAAAAAAGCUAAUGCCAAUUUUUUCACAUUCAUUUUUCUCUGAUUUUCCGCUUCUCAUAAAUAAAAAGAUGAACUUAUGUGAUGAGCUAACGUUUGAAUUGUUUGCAAUUUCUCAUGCUUCAUGCAAAAUUAUUUACAGUAACUUUCCGGUCUUUCAACCAACAACCGCAUUCGCUUUAUUCAACAAUUGCGUCACGAAAAUCCUCUCAUAGAACUCUUCGAUUGCAUGUGCUUUUAAUUUGAAAAAUUUUCUUCUCAUAUUUAUAGUUUUUCAUUUUCAUUUUCAUCCCAUAUCGAAUAUACGAAAACAACAUGUGAGAAGCGUACGUUUUAUUUUGUUUUUCAUUGGCUCGCUCAUCGAGCGACUCAGUUGGCUUUCAGUUGCAUACAAGACAGUGAAUAGAUUGGAACUGAAAAGAAAAAUGAAAAGUUUUUUUUCGCAAGAAUUGGGGAAAUAAAACAAAAGACAGAACACAAAAGUUGCCUAAUAAACUAUAAAAGAGUUAUAGCCAUGAAUAUAUCACAAUCAAAAUCUUACUUAUUUUAUAAACUGAUUAAUGUUUUCAUGCUUUCGGGUGAAUGAAAUUUAAUUAAAUGUAUAAAGUGUAAACUCUCUCUUGUAACAGUAGUAAUAAAAACAGUUUUUUGAUCUUAAAAUUGACUUUGAGAUUAAUUUAAUUUGAUUAAAAAUAAUGUGUGAUAAAUAUAUGUUGAUGAUUGUGUUUAAAACAAAGCCAGUGAAUUUAUAACUUUUAAUUAGGUCGACAAAGUAAAAAUGCUUGAAGCCUUCCAUUUAAAUUAACGACAAUUAUGUCGACGACAAGACUGCGACUUGCUGUUAAUGUCUAAAUGAAGAAACAUUCAGUUAUAUUAAUUCUUUUAUUUUGAUUGCAUAAUUGCAUAAAUGCACAGAAAGAGUCUGUCUGAUCUUAUUACGCAUUUAAUUCAAUGUGUUUCAUUUAAACUAUUUUAUGUAGUUCAUUUCAAAUGCCUUUUGUGAAAAUACCGCGCGCGUGUUUUGCAGAUUAUUGUGAAGUAAUAAACCUGCUGCUGAAUAGCGUCAUAAUAAAUCUUCAGAUGAAUUAUCACAAUAAAUAAAAAAUGUUUGUAAUGUCUCGUUAUUGUUGUAAAGAUGUUUAAACAAUAAACAAAUGCCACUGCGAAAAUAAAAGGUUCAUCAUAAGAAGACCUUCCGAUGUGAUGAUUACAAAACUGAAACAUUAAAGUUUUGUGUGACAUUCAAGUCAGAUAUUUGUAAAUAUUUUUUAUUAUAGUUAAGUGAUGGCUAUUGUUGGUGUUAAAUGGUCCCACGCAUAAACACCAGCUUGGUCAAUUUUACAUCUAUCAACGGCCGAGAUAAAAGUGAUUCAAUGACGUUACAUUUAUGGAAAUGAUGGGAUGAGAUCUUGAAAGAUGACCAAAAUCGUUUGGUCGGACCACCAUUUCUUAACGGAAGUGCAAGAUCAUCAUUUCACUCAACUCAUUCUAUAAAAUCAGGAACGCCACCCCCUAACAAUAGCACUCGAAACGAUGCUUUAAUUAUUAACACGCUAAGCAGAUCACCAAAGGCAACAAAACUGAAGAAAUUUGAGAGUACUAACAAUAGUAAAAGAAUAGUCAAUAAAAAUAGUAAAAUGCAACAACAAACGUUACAACAACUGAUCGAUCAACAAUCGCUUGAGAAACAAAAGCAGACGUUCAACGUGUUGCAUACGAACAAAGGCGUUGAAGCCCUUGGCGUGCUUGUACAAUAUUUAGUCUUUAAUUUGGAUGCAUUUUCUAGCCCAUCCUUGAAGAAAUCUCUCCAGAAAACCACGAGGGAGUUGAUUGAGACAAAAAUCAAUUUUGAUGAGAUAAAAACUUCUCAUCAAAACCUCGAGGAUAAAUUAAAUGACCGUGAGGAUUACUUCAACAAAAGAGAAUGUGAAAUGCAAGAACUUCAUCGAUGUGAAAUCAACAAAGUCAAAAAAUUACUUGAAGAUCUCGAAAAUGAGAAAAAAGAUGAGAUUCAAUCACUGGAAGCCAAAUUGAAUCGAAAUGAAGAAGAAGCUGAGGAAAAGCUUCGAAUAUUUAUUAGAAACAGUGACGAGAAACUUUCGUUGCGUGAUGUUGAACUGCAAGCAGUAAUAGGUCGUGAAACGAGUUUACUUGAAAGACUUCAAUCAAUGACAGUUACCGAAAAUGAACUUCGAGAAAAAGUUCAUAAAAGUGAAAUAGAAUUCAGUGAAAAGCUUCAUAAUUCGAAUAUCCGAGAAUGCGAACUGACUGAGACAAUAAAUAUGCUAACAAAACAGCUCGAUGAAGUGAAAUUGAAAGCGGAAAAUGAGAAGCGUGAACUUGAAGAGAAAUUAAAUUUACUUCAAGAUGAACUGUUGAUAACUCGACAACCACGUAGUAGUCCCAACGAAUCAUUCCUCAACAAAUCAAUGAAUUUAAAUCACUCACAACUACUGCAAGACGAAGUCGAAUCAUUACGUUGCGUUCUCGAACUUAAACAAAGUGAAAUAUCAGAUCUUAGAAAACAAAACGGUGAAUUGCAACGUGCAGCUGAUGAUUCAAUUGCCGCACAAGCAAAAUGUUCUGCAUUAGAAUCGCGAGUUGAAGAUCUUCAAGUUCAAUUGGAUGCUAAACAUGAUGACGAGAAGGAACUUCUGAAGAAGUUAAAGCAAUUACAAGACGCUCAUGAUAACGUUCAUCAAAAGUCGGCUCGUUUAGCGCUACAUAAUGAAGAACUUCAAUGGCGCUUAAAGCAAAAUGCUGAGCGUUAUUCACACACCAUCAACGAACUCUCAAAAAGUUACCACGAUUCAAGUAUGCAAUUCAAUCGAAGUAAUUCAACUUUCAAUGAAUUUGAAGCUAGUGGAAAGCCAAAUGGAUCCAUCUUGGAUUGUUCAUUUGCUAAUGAAGGUUCUUCACCACCGACAUCACCAAUCAUUAAAGGUGUUGUAGAGAAAAAUGAUUCAGUAUCGUGGGUACUUGAAAUCGAUGAUGAGACAAAAGAAGCUUCAGCUAAUCGAAUGGUUCAACGUGCCGGAUCGUUUCGAACUUACAAGUGCCCGCCUUCGCCAAUAGCUAAACGACAAAAAUGUCAAAACAAUUCAAGUAUUCAACAAUCAGCAUCAGCAGCUUCAAUAUUGAGACAACAUUCAGAGCCGUCGACCAAAACUCCAACAAACACAAGAAUUCGAUCGAAAUCUGUAAGCACAAACAAACCAGAAGACUCGAAGAAAAUUGUUAAGAAAUUCUCAAAAAAUAGUCAAGAAAUUCAAGAAUCGAGUUGGGCAAAUUUAAAGGCAAGUUCGCCAAUUGAAAAGAAGGAAGAAAAGGAAAUAAAAAGCAUUGACAAAUAUCGCGAAACGCGUAAAUUAGUUACACGUGAUGUUCCUUCAUUAUCAACUGGUGAAUUGAAGAAACAGCGACCAAAGAUGAUAUCAGGAAAAGUAAUUGUCCGUGGAUCAAAUUCUGAAGAUGAUGAAGAAGCAUCCGCAUCGACAUCAUCGACUCCUUCAAUUGAAGAUGAAAUGUAUCCAUGGAAAGCCGAUGGAGCUAUGGAACUUAGUUGGUGUAAUGACGGAGAACCUUCAGAAUCAAACGUUUAAAUGACAUUUGUGAAUGAUUAGGUAAUUACACAUCAAUCAAGUGACAACAAUUGACGUUCAAAGGCCUAAAGAAGACGAACGGAAAAUAUUUUCAUCUUCCACGUGGACGUGCAAUUUAUUUACUUAUCAGCAGAAACAAAGAAAGAAACGAUUUGUUAUCAAAAUCAUAAGUUAAAAAGGGAAACAAAAGAAAUCUUUAUUGAAUAUUUUUUUGAGUGUUAAAUAUUUUUAGCAUAAAUUUUAGUUAAAUGUUGGAAAUAAUAAAAUUAGACUUUUGUUACAAAUUAAAAUUGAAAAUCUUUCUGUAGAUUGUGAUGAAGGUGAAAUGAAUUUAUUAAUGAAGUUAAAAGUUUUGUGUGAGAAAAGUUUUUAUGAUUUAGACAGUUAAGGUUUUAAAGAAAUUUAUUUUAGAAAAAGAAAAGUAAUUAAGCAGCAUUUUAAUCGGGAAAAUCAUUUUCAGGCUUUUUAAAUUAAUUUAUAAAUUGUACCUGAAACAGAUGAUAAAGAAUCUUAGUCAGAUGAUAAAAAGUUCAGAUAAAAAUCACUUUUAAAAUCAAAAAUUCUAAAAGCUGGAGAAUUUAAUUAGACAUUAAGAUUAUUUAAAAAUAAUUUAUUAUUUAAAAAAGAGUUUUUGUAGAUUUCAUAAACACAGCAAGAUUAAUAUUAAUAAAUAGAAGGAAUAAAAAUUCAACCAAAAUUUCAAUGAAAUAUCUUUUCUACCUGUUUACAACAAUUCAAAGUACCAAGAGUAGAGUGUUAUGAAGCAUAUGUUUAGAUAAUAAAACUAUAUGAUU